UGUCUCACACGACAUAAUCAGCGCCUGAAGUAGGAAGUGUAGAGCACUUCUGUGUCAGAGUCCAUCAGAGCUGAGCUGCUUUCAGACGACUCCGUCUUGUUGUGGAUGCUGAAGCUGAUCAUGGUUCUCCUGUGGAUGAUCCUGUUGGUGGUUCUACUCUGUGCAGAGGCCGAGAACGUGACCGAGGUCAGAGGAGAGCUGGGGACCAAUGUCACUCUAACCUGCUCCAAUCAGACAUCAGAAACAUACUGGUACAUGGAGAUCCACAGUCAGUUCAGAGCAUGUAUCGGCCGCAGUUUUUCUUCAGCAGACUCUACCUACUGCUCUCCUGGUUUUGAAACCAAAUUUUCAAUCCUGCAAAACAAACUUGUGAUUAAAAACUUUACAGCAGAGGACUGCAGGCUUUACUUCUGUGGCAUCAAGAGAGGAGGCAGCAUUCAUUUUGUGGAGACUUUCCGCUUUGUCUCAGAUGUAACUGAAACAACUCCAUCUGUCACAGUCACUGACAGUAACCGCCCAGACCAACAAUCUAACAAGAAUGCAUUGCAGAGUGAUCGUGUUGUUUUCAUCUCUCUGAGCCUGAAUGCUGCACUUGUUCUUGUGGUAAUCUGUCUGAGUUGUGUGUCGCUGUCUCUGAAGAGGAGAAUCAGCAAGUAUCAGGCACACCUCCCUCCAGCUGGGACCAGUGAGAGGCUGGAGACUCCACAGUAUGAGGAGAUCCAGCUCCCCCGUCGAUCUGCUGCUCCUGCUACAGAGAGCAUUUACUACAAACUUCAGGUUCCUCACUUGACACUGCCUCAAAGCUGAUGGACACACCUGGACAGGUGGAUGAUACCUGGUGGAUUCAGAUUUUGUGGACAGAGGUCAGUCUGAUGACUCAGGACUUGCUGCUCUGCUCGUGGGAGGAUUUCUUUCUUCCUGUCAAGAAAAUCCACAAACUUGACAAACAUCAGAAAUGCAGUGAGAUUAAUUUCAGUCAGAAACAAUCUGCUCUGCUUCUGAGCUCAGAUGGACCCAAGAAUGUGACAACCUUUAGCCAAACCUGUGUUAAGGUGGUUUAGGAUUUAAGGUGGAUAUGCCAGAAUUCAAAGCUGCUGUUAAAACCUUUAAAUAUUUAUUUGUUCUGUCUAUGUUUGCAUCUGUUUAACAGUUUUUUUUAGCUGUCUAGUUGUUUAUGCUAUUCUGAACACAAAUCCAGUUUCCAU